UCCAGAAGGUAACGGCGGCGGAAGUGAGGCCGGAAGCUCAUGGUCGGGAACCUGACAACCGUCGGUUGGCAGCGAGGAGGCUGAGGGAGGAUCUAGUUUUCAGGAUCUGGUUCCUGUUACAGAACUGGUUGAUAACUAUUGUAACUGAUGGUUGAUAUUCAAGCUCUGCAGCCACUUUUGACAUUGAAACGUGCCCAACAAAAAAUGCUGUUCCAAGUGUUGGUGAGCUGUACUUUUAUUGUGAUGUGUUCCACACACGUUCAUCAUAAACAUGAGCCGAUUUCAUCUGAGGACCACUAUAUGGAUGGUGGACACAACUCUGAGUACGAUCGCGAAGUCUUAUUUGGAGGAGAGAAAGAAGUUGGGGAGCUUGCUAAACUGAGCCCUGAGGAACAACAAUCUCGGCUCAAAUCCCUCAUCAAGAAGAUGGAUGUGGAUGCAGAUGGCUUUGUAAGCAAAGGUGAGCUCAGUGGAUGGAUCCAACAGUCCUUUAAACAUUAUGCUACAGAGGAGAGCAAAGAACAGUUUCCAGAACAUGACCUGGAUGGUAAUGGAGUUGUUACAUGGGAAGAGUACAACAUUCAUAGUUAUGACCGAAUGCUGGAUUAUGAUGAAAAUACUCCGCUGGCUGAUGAAGAGGAGGAAUCUCUCAGACAGAUUUUUUUGAAAGAUAAAAAACGAUUUGAGAAUGCAAACAUUGAUGGGUUACCAGGACUGACUCUUACAGAAUUUGUAGCAUUUGAACACCCAGAAGAAGCUGACUAUAUGAAGGAGUAUGUCAUACAGGAUGCUUUAGAUGAACAUGAUCGUGACAAAGAUGGGUUCAUCAGCUUAGAGGAAUUCCUUGGUGACUACAGAAAAGACCCAGGUGCUGAGGAAGAUCCAGAAUGGGUAACUGUGGAACGUGAUCGAUUUGAAAAUGAUUACGACAAAGACAAGGAUGGAAAACUUAAUCAAGAGGAACUCCUAUUGUGGAUUAUUCCCAAUAAUCAGGAUAUUGCACAUGAUGAGGCUGAUCAUCUCGUCAAAGAAAUUGAUACAAAUGGAGAUGAGAAACUUACAGAAGCGGAAAUACUUGUGAGUCAGGAUCUCUUCCUCAACAGUGAAGCAACAGACUAUGGAAGCCAACUGCAUGAUGAAAAGUUUUACCAUGAUGAACUUUAAUGGCAGAUGUUCUGAUUGGAUUUUGUUUCAAUCAACAACUAAACUUCUUAGACUACUUUCAAGUAUAUUCACUGGCCAACAAAUGCUGACCAAUAACUGGUAUUAGUAGAAUGGAAUAGAACAGUCCGAUAGACUUUUAACCAAAGUAGUAUUGUUAUGAAAACAUCCAAUCAUAAUUUUCUACCUACUUUACAGAUAAGUUGGUCCACUGUAAUCUGUCUUGUGCUCUCACAGACUGACAAUUCCUGAGGUAAUUAUAGUCACCACUACAUUAUAGAAUUUUGAGGCCAGUUUAAAAAUGUGCACAAUGUAUUUCUACCACUUUUUGAAAUCCGCCUAACCAUAGAAAAUGUAUGACACAGAAAGGUGCCAUUUGGCACAUGCUGGCUAAAGACCUAUUUAGCUUUAUCCUUUUUUUCAGUUCAUGGUGCUAGCCUUGCAGAAUAUAGCAAAAAAAGGCAUCCACCAGGAGUUUCAAAAGUGAUAAGGGUUUCUGCUUCCCUAUCCUUUUAGACAAUGAAUUCCCAGAUCCCAUUACCUGAUGGAUGGAAAAAAUGUAUCUUUAUUCUUUUAGUAUUUUCUUAAUCCAUUCUCCCCACUCUUCUCAAUUUUGCAAACCAAAUUUUUUUUGUAAAACGUGGUCAGUCAGUUUUCAGUUGAAUAAGACAAUGGAUUGAACCUUAGUAAACUCCGUAAUGGACCUCUUUUCUUCUGAUUAGCUAUCAGUUUUAAAUCACAGAAGAAAUCAACAGUGAGGUUACUGUUGCUGUGUUCUUUGUCUAAUCCUAAUUGUGUAUGCAUGUUAAUGUAUAUUUACAAUUCUGUGACAUGAAAAUUGAAGAUACUCCCUUACAAACAAGAAACUUCUUUCCAUACAUUACAUUUAUGAUAUGGAUUUUUAAAGUUCUUGAUUUGGCACAUAAUCCACAGCUUCAUUUAGCAAAGCAAGGAAAUUAGAGGAUAUCUUGUACAAUGCAGUGGAAGGUAAUCUUCUCCCAUUCAAACUGAAGCACAAAGUGGCAAUUCAGCCUUACCCUACAUAUAACGACAAUGACCUGAUCAAGGGAAUGCUUGAAGCUGAAGCUCACUGUCGAGACAUUGGGAUGUGUCGCAGUCCUCAGCAACAUUGUAACUCACCUUGAUGAACACAUAAUUUAAAAAGAAAAGUCUUUAUUAAAAUCCAAAAAACAUAAGCUGCCUUUUAGACUUAAAGCUAUACACUAAACUUGGUCUUGAGCUAUGUAGCCUAGACCAUGCUCCCAUCAGGUGGAAUUUCUUUUAGUUGUAACUUCCGACUCAUUGUUUGGAGGAAAAACACUAUUUACAUAAAUAUUAUAUAGUUGAUAAUUUCCAUGUUUUAAUUGUUUAAAGUUAAAUCAACAAAAAAAGUUUAUAACAAAUGUUGCUGUUGAUUUUGCUCUGCUUUGUAAUUUAGCAAUUGAGGUAGUUGUACAAAGGAAUCUCCUAUGACAAUCUACUGACGUCCAUUGUUGGAACAUUUUUUUGAGUUAAAGCAUCUGGUUGGUAGCAACUUCAUUUCAUUCUGGCUUUCUGUGAAUAAGUUAUAUAAGUAAGCUAGGUAUUAACAAUUAUUGAAACCAGAACUUGAUGUAUGAUUGUAAAAUUUCAGCCUCUCUUCCACCUGACCCUCAGUCUCUGAACUAAAAUCUACUAAGUGCUGCUGCUGUAAUUGUUCCAGAACCUAAAUUACUACAUAUGGUUUCACAAGUCUGAAAACUGUAUAGACCUGUCGGCAUACGAAGUCCAUGUGAAUAAACCUGAAAAUUGUAUUAACUAUUUGGAUUCCUACAGUUAACUGAUUUCUUAGCAAUGCUUGACCCAUGUGUGGAACUAACAACUUAUUAUCCUUCCUCACGGUCAUUAGUACUCCUGAAAGUAUCAGAUAGAUAUUCUGAUCAUCGGGCCUUAAACUAGAGUUACUGUUCUUUUGCUGUACAGAACUAAUUAAAAUAUACACCACUUGCUCUGCUACAUUUAUAGAAUAAAUCGGUACCAACCUGUUAUUGAAUUUGUCACUCAAUCUCAGAAUUUAUCAUUGGGGAAUUCAUAUAUAAGAGAACCUGAUGUGUCAGCACUAAAUGCUCCACAAUGAUUUGACUUUGGGCAGGUAUAUUAAUUGAAACUAAUCAACUUGAGAGCACAAUAGAAUCUGCAAUUGCAGAAAUUAAUAUAAAUAAACAUGGUUUAUUCUAUCAUUUAAAAAAUAGGAAGUGUUGGUGGUACACGGUGGACUAGUUAAUGUUCAGGCAGAGAUUCCUAAUAGUGGCUACCUGGUGUGUACUCCUUGCAUUUUUCUGUCUUCUAGAUUUCUGGCAUUUGCAAUUUCUCGUCUGACUUUUCAAGCUACGAGGGUUUCCAUUUUGAUCAAGAUGAAUUCCAAGAAAAUAACCAGUUAAUAUUAAUUUUAAAAAGGAAAUAUUCCAAACAUACCUUUUAUAUAGUGGUCAGUUAACAUGGACUUGUAUGGAAAGCUCAGCUGACAAAACAAUACAGUUAAGACUUACUGUUAAACUAAAGUCUGAUAUUGAACCUAGGACAUUGAUGCUUUGCAAAAAUCUAGGAAAGGUCAGUGCCAAACUCUAUUUGCUGUUGAAGAAGCUAUAGAAUAAUGAGAAGGACAGGUCACUGUACAGAGAAUCUUUUUACUCAACUUUGAAAACAUCAGUGCUUUAUUACAGAUCUGUUUGUUUAGCUGUUACUUAAUGUGAUCUUUGAAGCAAUUAAUACCUCAAGUUCUUUCAUUUAAUAUCAUAAGGCUAAGGAGACUUAUCCCUUACAAUGUUGUUCAUACAGUUUCUGUUCCUGUUGAGCUUUCUAUCUUAUGAUCGGUGGUAAACUGUUCCAGUUGUAACUAAAAUGGCAAUCAGAUUUUUACUUAAGCCAUUAACACUAAACUCUUAACUUUAAGAUUAAACUUUUGAUGAACAUUGAAAUAAAAUCUUGUGAUGUUUCAA